AGUGGAGACAGACAGAGAGACACAGAGAGAGAGAUGGGAGGUGAGGGAUAUAUUCCAUUGUUCGAGACUACAAGGGCCAGAGGGACGCUGGCGUACAGGGUGUUUGCAAGCACCAUCUUCCUGGGGAUAUGCAUGAUAUGGGCUUAUAGAUUGAGUCAUGUGCCGAGUGAACCGGAGCACGGUCCGAUUUGGGUUUGGUUCGGCCUGCUUGCGGCUGAGCUGUGGUUCGGCCUCUACUGGGUUCUCAUGCAAGCUUGCCGCUGGAGACUCGUCUAUCGCCGCACCUUCAAGGAUCGGCUCUCUCACAGGUAUGAUAAGGAUCUACCUGGGGUGGACAUAUUCGUGUGCACGGCAGACCCCGCCAUCGAACCACCGAUGAUGGUGAUCAAUACCGUCCUGUCAGUGAUGGCUUACGAUUAUCCACCAGAGAAGAUGAGUGUCUAUCUCUCGGAUGACGCCGGUUCGAACAUCACGUACUACGCUUUGCUAGAAGCUUCCCAAUUCGCCAAGCAUUGGAUACCGUUUUGCCGAAGAUUCACGGUGGAGCCCAGGUCACCGGCUGCUUAUUUCCGAUCGCCGUCGAGCGAUCAACUUAGUGCCAACGGUAAAAAUGAAGAAUUGUCGGCUAUCAAGAAACUAUAUGAAGACAUGAAGAAUAGGAUCGAAACUGCCCACGAACUCGGCCGGAUCUCUGAGGAUAUCCGCUCAAAACAUAAGGAGUUCUCUCAGUGGGAUUCCUAUAUUUCUCGACAAGAUCACAACACGUUUCUUGAGAUACUAAUCGAUAGGACGACCCGGAAGGCCGUGGAUGCCGAAGGCAAUGCACUGUCCACACUGGUUUACAUGGCUCGCGAAAAGAGACCGCAAUAUUUUCAUAACUUCAAAGCCGGAGCCAUGAAUGCGCUGAUAAGGGUAUCAUCGGCUAUCAGCAGCGGGAGGAUCAUUCUCAAUGUGGACUGCGACAUGUACUCGAACAACUCGGAGUCGAUAAGAGACGCGCUUUGCUUUCUCAUGGACGAAGAAAGAGGGGAUGAGAUUGCCUACGUGCAGUUCCCGCAGAACUUCGAGAAUGUCACCAAGAACGAACAGUAUAGCAGUUCAUUAAGAGUGAUUUCUGAGGUGGAAUUUCAUGGCUUGGAUGGUCAAGGAGGUGUGCUCUAUAUUGGGAGCGGGUGCUUUCACAGGCGAGACACUCUUUGCGGGAAGAAGAUCGGCAGAGAAGUCAUAACUAGAUGGAGUGAAAAUAGCGGAAUCGACCCAAAUGGAGGUAUUUAUAAACCAGAAGAGCUCAAGAAACUUGCAAGCUGCAGUUAUGAGGAGAACACUGAAUGGGGAAGAGAGAUGGGCUUAAAGUACGGUUGUCCGGUGGAAGACGUGAUCACGGGGCUAUCAAUCCAGUACCGAGGAUGGAGAUCCGUCUACUUCAACCCCAGGAGGAACGCUUUCCUAGGUGUCGCGCCAACCACGCUGCUCCAGUUGCUCGUGCAGCACAAGAGAUGGUCGGAGGGCGAUUUCCAGAUCUUGCUGUCCCGAUACAGCCCGGCAUGGCACGGGCUGGGGAAGAUCAGCCCUGGCCUCAUAAUGUGCUAUCUCCCCUAUUGCCUCUGGGCUCCUAAUUGCUUGCCGACUCUCUAUUACACUAUCAUCCCCUCACUUUGCCUACUGAAAGGCAUUUCGUUGUUUCCAGAGGUGACAAGCCCAUGGUUCAUUCCAUUUGCAUACGUGAUUUUUUGCAAGUACGCUUAUAGUUUGGCGGAGUACCUCUGGUCUGGCGGCACGGUCCUCGGUUGGUGGAACGACCAGAGAAUAUGGCUCUACAAGAGGACUAGCUCUUACCUCUUCGCCGCCAUCGACACGGUGGCGAAACUGCUGGGGUUCUCCGAGACAGCGUUCGUGAUCACUUCGAAGGUGGCCGAAGAAGGAGUCGCCCAGCGGUACGAGAAGGAGAUGAUGGAGUUCGGGGCCACGUCCCCGAUGUUCACCAUAUUGACCACUCUCGCUCUGCUCAACCUGGUUUGCUUCCUCGGCGCGGCACUGACGGGGUUCGCAUCUGGGGGUGCCGGGUUCUUCGGAUCGAUGUUGCUGCAAGCAAUUUUGUGUGCAGUUCUGAUUCUUAUCAAUCUGCCAAUCUAUCAUGGCAUUCUAAGGAAGGAUGAGGGCAAGAUGCCAAUUUCUACAACAGUUGCAUCAACUGUGAUUGCAGUGUCCGCCUGCACCAUUUUUGUUUCCUUUUGAUAGUAAAUUAGACGAUUCAAGUGGUUUUGGCUUUUACACCCACUGUAGGACAAUUAGUUUAUGAGGCUCUCUUUUGUUAUCAUCAAUAGGAAGCUUUUAUGAGACUAAGAAUUUACAUUGUCGACGC